CAUAGAGUGGGAAGGAGGUGCACUGUGCUGAGGGGGCAUUGAAUGAGAGGAUGUACCGAUUACAUACACAGACGCUAAAAGAGAGGGGGUGUUACCGCUGCUGCUACAUGCAUGGAUUGAGGGGCUGUGAGGUUUUUGUGAGUGGGAGUUGCUACUUGGGAGCUGGAGAUCCAGCUCCCCCUUCCUGGGAGGGCAGCUGAGUCUGAGUUGCUGCUGCUGUUCUCACCCUGUCUCUCUGUUCCCUGCUACACAGCAUCUAUUCCCCCCUUGUUCCUGCCCUCUCCCCCCUCUCACACUGACACCAAUGCUGAGCUGUUCCAGAGUUUCUGUUCACUGAAAACAGGAGAGGAGAAGAAUCCGGUUUGCAGGAUGAAUCAGUCAGACAGUGAUGAGUCUGCAUACCAUCGCAGCCCGUCCAUGGACAGUAAAGAGUACCGAGCAGCACCUGGUACCUUCCGGCGUUACAGCAGCUUGUAUGGAGGUGCGACCUCCUCCUCCUUUUUUGGGCUGCACACUAACCCAGGACCUAAAGCCAGCAAAUCAGAGUAUACGUCCCCGAAAGGCAGCAAAUAUGUGGUCUUUUACCUGGAUCUCUCUUUUAUCUUCCUCCUAGAGCUGAAGAGAUGUAAUGUUACACAGAACUGCUUGCAGUGUCUCAAGUAUCUCAUGUUCAUGUUCAACCUCCUUUUGUGGUUGGGAGGCUGUGCUGUCCUGGCCGUUGGGAUUUGGUUGGCUGUAACACAGGGUAACUUUGCCACACUUUCCACAAGCGUCCCCUUCCUGUCAGCUGCUAACCUGCUCAUUGGUACAGGCUCCGUGGUGGUGCUGGUCGGAUUUCUUGGAUGUGUUGGUGCAAUAAAAGAAAAUAAGUGUCUCCUACUGUCUUUCUUCAUUGUGCUGCUAAUAAUAUUUGUGAUGGAGCUGAUUGGAGGGAUUCUGUUCUGUGUCUACAGGAACCAGAUUGACACUUAUGCCCGAAAGGAUCUGAAGGAAGGUCUUUGGCUGUUUGAGACGGACGGAAACAUUGGUCUGACAAAUGCUUGGAGCAUCAUCCAGACUGAUUUUGGUUGCUGCGGAGUUUCAAAUUACACUGAUUGGUUUGAGGCCUUCAACUCGACACAAGUGCCAGACUCUUGCUGCCAGGAAUACAGUGUGAACUGUGGCCUGCACUCCCCGGAGACAUGGUGGAAAGAUGCCUGCUACGAAAAGGUCAAGCUGUGGCUUCAGGACAACCUUGUUGCUCUGGGGAUCUUCGCUCUUUGCACAGCCCUAGUCCAGCUCCUGGCCUUGACAUUUGCGCUAACCAUGUACUGUAAUGUGGUGAAGACAGACACUUACUACAGCUAAUGCCUGACUCCCUGGCCUGGUGUUCCCUCCGGGUAGUACCUCACCAGUGGCUCCAAUAUCAUUUCCCAUUCCAUGUGAAUCCCUCGAGCUCCCAGAGUCUGGCUGGUGAAGGUUCCCUGGUGUUUUGGAGCUGCUGGCAGUGGGCUGUGGAAGAGGUGCUGAAUGGAGUCUGCCUCAGCGGGUUUCCUUUCGAACGCGGUAUGGUUUGGAAGAACGAAAAUUGGCCCCAAACUGAAGAUGGCAGCUGGCCUACGGAGAGGAAGAGGGGACAGUGGGAGAAGGUUUACUGAGGUGGACAGAAAUCGGUUUGUCACACCAACAGAGUCAGUCUGUGCACAAGCGAUGCAAACAGCAGGACGGACAAGUUAGUGGCUCAGGACUCGAGAGUUCACAGACUGGACCACUAGCUGUUAACUGCCUGAUUCUGCAGUGGGCAGCGCAGAAAUAGCUGAAUGGUGUUUGAAGUAUCUCCUACUGCAUCGCAGGAUCUCAGUCUUUGCUAACCAGGAACUGAGAGAUCCAAACAGUCCACUCAGAACUAUCUCUGGAAGUGUGUAACAUUUAGCCAAAUCAGACACAGAAACCUUUUUCUCAUGUGAAUGUCUGCUGGAAAUUAUUCUCCCGAGUGAUUCCAAACGGGGACCUUGCCCCUUCAAGAGGGUCACCUUUUGCAUGGACAAUAUCAUUGAGCAUCAUGGAGUGAGAGCCGAUGGGGCAGGGAGUCAGACACACCAGCAGAACCCCAGCAGGCUGACAACACAGUCUCAGACACUAAAUCCAGAGCUUCCAACUGUGCAUGGAGAUAGUGGUCUCAGUGUGACUCCGAAGGCAGAUUUCCAUAAAAUGUACCCAAACUGAAAGGACAGAUAUUCAGGGAACAUCCCGGGGCAUUACUACAAUCCAGGGCCAUAGUAUAUGGAGGGCAAUCGCUGGCCAUGCUACAGGUCUCGGGCAGAAUGGGAAUCAGAGGGGAUGAGGUCAACAGGUGUCAGUGUCUGUCACAGUCGGUUACAGUAUCGGGGUGGGGAAUGGCUGUCACAGUCUGUUACAGU